UUCAUCCUCUUCUUGGAGCCGAAAUUAACCUACCGAGCUAGUCCUGUUCUACAGCAGAUAUCUACGUCCUUGUUUUUAUUUAGUGGGUCCUCUAUCUCUUCCAGACGUUGGAAAGAGACACCUGCAGUCUAAUCCUUCUUUGUUGAUCUUGAGGGGAUGAGGCUUUCAAGACGUCCGGGAAAGGAGUGUCUCAGACAUCUGGGCUGGGUAGGUGUCAUGGCUGCCAGGCUUACAGGAUUGUUCCUACUUCAGGCAGUGUCAUGGGCAUCAGGUGCCCGGCCCUGCAUUCCUAAAAGCUUUGGCUAUAGCUCAGUGGUCUGUGUCUGCAAUGCCACGUACUGUGACUCUCUUGACCCCCUGACCCUCCCUGCUCCCGGUACCUUCAGCCGCUAUGAGAGUACACGAAGUGGACGACGAAUGGAGCUGAGUGUGGGGUCUAUCCAGGCCAAUCGCACAGGCACAGGGCUUCUACUGACCCUACAGCCAGAAGAGAAGUUUCAGCAAGUGAAAGGAUUUGGAGGAGCAAUGACAGAUGCUGCUGCUCUCAACAUCCUUGCCCUGUCACCCUCUGCCCAGAAUCUGCUACUCAAAUCGUACUUCUCUGAAGAAGGAAUUGAAUAUAACAUCAUCCGGGUACCCAUGGCCAGCUGUGACUUCUCCAUUCGUAUAUACACUUAUGCUGACACCCCUAAUGACUACCAGUUAUACAACUUCAGUCUUCCAGAAGAAGAUACCAAGCUCAAGAUACCCCUGAUUCACCAAGCCCUGCAGAUGGCCCAGCGCCCCGUCUCACUCUUUGCCAGUCCCUGGACAUCACCUACUUGGCUCAAGACCAAUGGGGCAGUGAAUGGGAAGGGGUCACUCAAGGGUCAGCCAGGGGAUAUCUAUCACCAGACCUGGGCCAAGUAUUUUGUCAAGUUUCUGGAUGCUUAUGCUGAGCACAAGUUAAAAUUCUGGGCAGUGACAGUGGAGAAUGAGCCUUCUGCGGGGCUCAUUAGUGGGUACCCCUUCCAGUGCCUAGGCUUCACUGCUGAACACCAGCGAGACUUCAUUGCCCGUGACCUAGGACCAACCCUAGCCAACAGUACUCACCAUAAUGUCCAGUUGCUCAUGUUAGAUGAUCAGCGCUUGCUACUGCCCCGCUGGGCACAGGUGGUGUUGGCAGACCCAGAAGCAGCUAAGUACGUUCAUGGCAUUGCUGUGCACUGGUACCUGGACUUUCUGGCUCCAGCAAAAGCCACUCUAGGAGAGACACACCGCCUCUUCCCUAACACCAUGCUUUUUGCCUCAGAGGCCUGUGUGGGUUCCAAGUUCUGGGAACAGAGUGUGCGUUUGGGCUCCUGGGAUCGAGGGAUGCAGUACAGUCACAGCAUCAUCACGAACCUCCUUUACCAUGUGGUUGGCUGGACUGACUGGAACCUUGCCCUGAAUCCUGAAGGGGGGCCCAACUGGGUCCGAAACUUUGUUGACAGUCCCAUCAUUGUAGACAUUGCCAAAGAUACAUUUUACAAACAGCCCAUGUUCUACCAUCUUGGCCACUUCAGCAAAUUCAUUCCUGAGGGAUCCCAGAGAGUGGGGCUGGUGGCCAGUGAGAAGAACGAUCUAGACACAGUGGCACUGAUACGCCCUGAUGGCUCUGCAGUUGUGGUUGUCCUAAACCGCUCCUCUAAGGAUGUCCCUCUUACGAUCAGUGAUCCUGCUCUGGGAUUCCUGGAGACCAUCUCACCUGGCUACUCCAUUCAUACCUACCUGUGGCAUCGCCAGUGAUGGGAUACCAAGCAGGCACCUGAGCCGAGCAUGGGCAUUAAAGGGAAUUAGCUCAUGUGCUGCCUGUGGCUAAAGGAGGCACAGCAGGGUGUGGGCGAGUUUACUGUGACAUAGGCCUGGGGCAAUGGUUUGGGUAUCUCAUUCUCUCUAGUAGGUGCCAGGGGCUAGAGGCCCUGAAGAAAAUCAGGAAGCCUUGGUGUCCCCAAACUCCCCAUGCUUCUAUAAAUGUGUGUUAUGUGCUGGUUGCUUGUGGAAACUGGGCCUGGGUCCAGGGUGAGCUCACUGUCUGUACAAACGCAAGAUGGGGGGAGGUGGGGGAAUGAAAGGAGGGGAUUAGGAAAGUUGGACCCAAAUUAGGGACUGUUUGUCUUUCCCAGAGAUGCAGAAAUGGGACCAUGCAGAAGUAAUGUCAGCAUCAGGGCUCAGGCAAAUGCCAGUACGUGGGCCUACACACCUACCUACCUGUUUUUAGGGCACCAGCUAGAAAAAUGAGAGCCCUAUAAAGGAGAAAAUGUUGAUCCCA